AUGGUAUCGGCUCGUCGCGCAGAUACACGAUGGGUGACGCGCCUGAUUCCCGUCUUCCUCGCUGGCUGCGUCGGCUUAGUUACCUAUGUAAUCGUCAAACGGAUAUGCCUGGACUACUUGUCAGCCAGCGAAAACAGGCCCGGGACUGCGAUUAGUCUCCUCGUCCUCUACUUGGUCUUCUUCGCUUUGAUGCUCCUGUGCUACUUUCGGACUUUCUUUGUCAUCCAAUUCAACCCGGGAGUAACUCCCCUUGGUCCGAAAGCAAUCGAGCAGGAGCGAAACGGAAAGGGGAAGAGACGCCGCGAGAGAGACCUCGAGGCCUCAGUCAGAUACGAGGCGCGGCCCGACGACAAUCCCGAUAGCCCCGGGCUUGAGGCCUUUUACAGCAAGGACGUGUUUGUGUGCGAUACGGAUGGUCGGCCGCGAUGGUGCAGCUCUUGCUGUAACUGGAAAAUCGACAGGGCACACCACUGCAGUGAGCUCGAAAGAUGCGUCAAGAAGAUGGACCACUACUGCCCGUGGGUGGGCGGUAUUGUUGCCGAGACAUCCUUCAAAUUCUUUGUUCAAUUCACAUUUUACGCGACUCUAUACUAUAUUGUCGUGAUUGUUACGGCCGUGAUAUACAUUGAAUCAAACGCCCGCAACGAGGCUAGCAUUGACGGGUUCGCCGUCGCCGUGCUAGCGAUUAGUGCUCUCUUCGGGCUAUUCACCUUCACCAUGACGGCAACCUCGGUGCGCUACAUCCUGGUCAAUUUCACGACUGUGGAUUAUGUAAAAUCGAAAACUCUCGUGCACCAGCUCGCUAUCCGCGUUCCUCGAGGCACCCCGUCAUGCCAGGACUAUCCGGUCAUUACCUACCCGCUGCCCAAGCCUGUGCCAGGGCAAGCAGCUGCGAGCGAGUCAUCCUGCUCCCGGGACCAGCUCGCGACGCGCAGUUUUGCCAUUGUCAAGACCGAGAUGGGCGAGAACCCCUGGGACCUGGGCUUUUACCGCAACUGGAUAUCGGUCAUGGGGGACAACAUCAUCGACUGGCUUCUUCCCUUUACCUUGUCCCCAUGCGUGUCUUAUGAGAGUAAUGAGAGUUUUUACGAGAUGGGGCCCCUUGUUCAGCGAUUACGGGCGAGGUUCCAUCUACCCGAAUUGUCGGACGAGCUCCAGAAAUCAGAAAUGGGCGAGCGGGAAGCAGAGGUCAUACACGGGGUUUAA